AUGAAUCCACUGCUCUUUGACAUCGAUGAAUCGACGGAGCCGGACUGGCCCGUAGGCCCGCUGCUGUCGGACCGCAUGUCGGUGCUGUGCCUCAAGGCCGAAUACGUGGGCAAUGCGAACCCCAACUUCAUGCAAGGCAUCGAUUCACUAAAAACGCGCGCUAUGAGGCGCUUCGACGCGUUCGCGGAGAUGGCAACUGCUUCUUCCGGGGCUUCAUCUUCGCACUAUGCGAGCAGCUAUUGCCGACUGGAGGUGCUGGGGCGAGGACAGCAACGCAGCACUACGCAGUCGCAUUCAGGAUAA